GGUAAGUUUAUUUUAAAAUGGCUGCGGAAGCACCGAGACAGGUAUGUUAUUACAAAGACCGGAUAAACUUACCUAGUGUCUUUUCAUAGAAUAUAAACCAAUCCAGAUUGUGUAGUUCUUUAAUGCUCUGUUGUAACGUUUGAGCAACACUAUCGGCUUUAAUAAUGGGAAACGGAAGCGUAUAGAACUGACGCGGCGUAUCAUUUGAGACGUUGGCAAUCGCGUGAACGAGUCGUUUGCCAAGUUGACAUGAUUGGCAUUUGUGGCACUUUUUAAGCCACCAAAAUGACACAUUCGUACGGCUCGUACUUUUACCUUUCACGGCUGAAUGACACGUGUGUGUGUGUGUGUGUGUGUGUGUGUGUGUGUGUGUGUGUGUGUGUGUGUGUGUGUCAAUGAGUCCUAAAAGCGUACUUAACAGACACUUUCCUCUGUAAACAAACAUCAAGCUAUGCUUAGAGCGGAGGUGAGGUUAAGUAAGUUGCAGCAACGUAUCAUCAUGGUCCGAUCGAGGAGCCGACAGCAACCUGCCCCGUCGACAGCCCACCUGUAGCAUCAACAUGGCACAUUCCACGGAGGGGACCAACAACCGGAGAGGAAGUGAUGCUGCUGGAGGAACCAUAAUGAAUACUGGCAUGGUCAGCAUAGACCCCAUUUCCACAGCACAACUAAGCCCAGACCUCCACAACCACCAUGAGCACAACAAGCCCCCCCUCACCCAGCACUCCCUGCCCAGUUAUAAGGCCUCUGCCGAGCACUACGGCAGCCCCCAGCGGGGCCAUGAUGACCAGGACUGCAACAGCCUGGCCUCCCAGGACUCUGGCAUCCCCACCCUUGAGAUCAACCACCCUGAGCACAUCCACGCCCACCCACACCCAGGAGAGAGUGGCUUUACCCUGGGGUCGAACCACCACGACCAGGGCCCCGCUACUCUCUCUCUGGACCAGUCUGGAGACAGCGCUGGACUCCGCAAGUCCUCCACCUUCCCCCGCAGCAGCUACGACUUGGUGCGCCUCUUCAGCCCCGCCCCCAGGUCCAGCGCUGGUGUGGGAGUCAUCGCGAUGGGGAUGAGUGGCGUGGGAGGCAGAGCCCUGAACCGCAGCGACGACAUCUCGGUGUGCAGCGUGUCAAGUCUGAGCACGGAGCUCUCUGCCACGCUGUCGGCGUCCAACGAGGACAUCCUGGACUUCAUGGUCACCUCCGACUCCAGCGCCAUCGUCACCAUGGAGACUGACGAUGGCGGCAGCGCCCACUUCUCAGACGUGGCACUGUCGUUGUCGCCAGGCGGCGAUAUCGGCGGGGGUCUGCGGAGUCCGCGGCAGAGACACAUGGGUCCGGGGGCAGAGGAUGAGGGCAAGCCCAAGAUGCUGGGGCCACUGGCUAGCUUCUUCAACCGGAGUCUGUUUGUCAAGAAAGUGAAGGACACUCGGCCAGUGGAGCAGAAAGACCCGGGCUGGAAGCUGUUUGGGAAAGUCCUCCCUAGAGAGUGCUCAGUGAAACACCCCCAGAAAAUACAGAAGGAAUAUGAAACUAACAGUAGCAGAGAUGGACCUGGCCACAGUCCCCCGUCUCCCAGACAGAGUGUGAGGAAGAAUCUGGACUUUGAACCCCUCUCCACCACAGCACUUAUACUGGAGGACCGCCCUGCUAACCUGCCUGCCAAGCCUGCAGAGGAGGCACAGAAACACAGACAACAGUAUGAGGAGAUGGUGGCCCAGGCGAAGAAGAGAGAGCUCAAGGAGGCCCAGAAGAGGAGGAAGCAACUGGAGGACAGGUGCAAGCUGGAGGAGAGCAUCGGCAACGCCGCCCAGACCUGGAACCAGGAGAUUCUGCCCAACUGGAGUGCCAUGUGUACGUCUCGGCGGGUCAGGGAGCUCUGGUGGCAGGGCGUUCCCCCAAGUGUCAGGGGCAAGGUCUGGAGCCUGGCGGUGGGCAACGAGCUCAACAUCACCCACGAGCUGUUUAACAUCUGUCUGGCCAGGGCAAGGGAGAAGUGGAAAUCUAUGCCUACUGCACCACCCACUGAACCAGAGACUGAAGAUGCAAGUUUGUCCCUGGCGGACAGAGAGGCCAGUCUGGAGCUGAUUAAACUGGACAUCUCCAGAACCUUCCCACACCUCUGUAUCUUCCAACAGGGAGGGCCAUACUACGACAUGCUGCACAGCAUCCUGGGAGCAUACACCUGCUAUAGGCCAGACGUUGGCUACGUGCAGGGCAUGUCGUUCAUCGCGGCGGUGCUGAUCCUCAACCUGGACACGCCGGACGCCUUCAUAGCUUUCGCCAACCUGCUGAACAAGCCCUGUCAGAUGGCCUUCUUCAGAGUGGACCACAGCCUUAUGUUGAAGUACUUUGCAGCAUUUGAAGUGUUCUUUGAAGAAAACCUACCAAAGCUGUUUGUACAUUUCAAAGAAAACAACUUGACCCCCGAUAUUUAUUUAAUUGACUGGAUCUUCACCCUGUACAGUAAGUCGCUGCCGUUGGACCUGGCGUGUCGGGUGUGGGACGUGUUCUGUCGCGACGGUGACGAGUUCCUGUUCCGGGUGGCCCUGGGCAUCCUGCGCCUAUACGAAGACGUGUUGACCCGCAUGGACUUCAUCCACAACGCCCAGUUCCUCACCCGCCUGCCCGACCACAUCUCCCCCGACCAGCUCUUCUCACACAUCCACGCCGUCCACAUGACAAGCAAGAACAGGAAAUGGGGGCAGGUUCUUCAGGCCUUGCAGGAGCGGAACAGUCCAGUCCUAAAGCGCUGAGUCCAAUUAACCAGGAGCAAAACGACACGGACACUAGCUUGUUCUCCGAUCCAGUACUCCACCUGACCGUAUGAAACACUAGACGAGCCCAGGCCAGACUGUGUGUGAGAGCUGCCCUCUGGGCCCCAGAUAGACAUGCCCUCCCUGGCAUGGACCUACCCAGGCUCGGCGUGCUCACGGAUGGGGAAAACCAGCCACUGUGUUCCCCCUGGACCUGGUUCAUGGAGCAGAGACACUGGAGGUCUGGAAAGGACUGGGGUAAGGGGGUACGAGGAUUUAUUAUGAUACCCCCUCAACACAUGUUGUGUCCCCCUUCCCCAAAUCGAACCGGGCAGACGAAGGAUGCUCUCGAAUGUACUGUACACUCCCAAAUGUCUAUAGCACGGAUGCUAGUUCCUCUUUUUCCUCUUGAUCUCUCCUCCCUCUUUCUCUCACUUUUUAACUCCCUGUGUCUCUCCUCUUUCUCACUUUCUCCUCCCUUUCUACCUCUACUCCCAGCCUCCGUUGCCGUUGGUCAUUCCUACAAAUCAGCUGCGAUUUUUUUUUUUUUUUUACUGUUAGCCUUUGUUUUGUUUUUUUUGUUUGGUUUGAUGUGGUUUCAAUGUGUUUUUUUUGUUUGGUUUGAUGUGGUUUCAAUGUGUUUUUUUUGUUUGGUUUGAUGUGGCUUCAAUGUGUUUUUUUUGUUUGGUUUGAUGUGGUUUCAAUGUGUUUUUUUUUGUUUGGUUUGAUGUGGUUUCAAUGUGUUUUUAAUUUGUUUGCCGUUUAUUCGUUUGUUUUUAUUUGUUUCCAUACCAUUCUAUGACGUAAAGACUCCCAAGGAGAAGCCGUGAGUGUUUGAUUUGGGGACAACUGUUCAUCGGCUUGAAAAGAGGGGGUAGUGAAUUGAUUUUUAUUCUUCUGAAGAUUCAUCAGAAAUACAACAAAUAGCCAUUAUUCUUUUGUAUGUAGUAUUGUUUGUUGCACCACAAUGUUACGGUUCACUUUUUAAAGAAACAUUUGACCAAACCUCUUCAAAGAGGAAAUAAGCUACCUGGGAAAAUAAAGUGAUAUUUAAUGAUGUCCUACACAUACACUAAAGUGGUUUUAAACUGGAACAGCUAAGGUGGAUUAUGAGAAUCUUCUCUGUCGUUGUGUGUGACACGCAUACCAUAUCGGUCGCAUUUUUUUUUCUGUUAUUUUCUUUUUUGCACAUUUCAUUUGUCAUCAAUGAGUUAUUCUGUUUUCUUUGUUUCUAUUUGAAGUGUCAUAUCUUAAUAUAUGUAACGGUUUGAUUUUGAAGCUGCUUCACCGAAUGUGUUUUGCAAUGUGUGCAAUAGAAGACUCCGGAAACUAAAAGAGAUUGCUGAGGAUCUUCUGUGUCCCUACUAUUGAAAAUGCUGGUAUCCCUAUUUGGCCUCAGUAUGCCCUUCCUCUAUUGGAGGUCUUACUCCUUGGUGAGGAGCAGAGUGGCUCAGGUCUAUUGCACGCUGUAUGUUCCCUGUUCCCGUAAUACCUUUCGUCAUGUAGCUGAAAGACCUGAGUCAUGAGCUCUGAUUUACCCCGUUUCAAACUAACGGAACACACCAGCCUUGGUUUGAAGGUGUGAGCUCAAUGGGAGAGAGUUGUUCAACAAGAAUGCUUUGGUGUGGUGUUCAGUUCACAGAUCCUACUACUGCUUUCAUGUCUGCCGCCACCACCACCACCUGCCAAAAAGAUAACUCCUCUGUAGAUGAUUCUGAAUGUAUUGGAGGCUAGGUCCAAAUGCAGGUACUGUACAGAACGCUCCGUACUCCAGAGCCCCCAAGCAUUUAGUGAUCCCCUUUGGCUGUUGGGGAUCACUCCUCACCCCCCUGUGCACGUAGACAUUCAGAUCACUGUACGAGGACGGAUGCACUCCAUUCCCCCUGCUCCCUUUUUGCGGUGAACACUGCAGUACUGCAAUAAAAAAUAAAAAUCAUUCUUGUCACCUCGUGCAGUUUUCACCCCUGUAGUUUCACACUGUCGUUUGGACAAUUUAUCCCGUGUUUUUACGAUUUUUAUUUUGUCUUGAGUACUUACUGUUAUCAGUGUCCCUCACGCGUGACCAUCGAGGAUCCUUGUAUGUGUGUUUUGUUGUGUGUAUGUGCUUUUGAAGAGCUUCCGGCAACUCCGAUAGCAUGUGAACACGCCUUAUAUCACAGAAGUGCAACCUGGUAAGUAUAAAUGGCCCCCGUUUUAAAUGAUUGAAUACAUUUUUUAACAUUUUUUUUGUAGUAAAUCUGCUUUUUAUGCUUUGUUUUGAUUUGUCAGUUUGACUAUGUCCUCUUGUUUUAAUGUGUGACAUUUCCAAUGGACCCUUUUCUGUUGUAUUGAACUCGAGUUGGACUUGGGUGGCAGGGUAGCAAGGUCAACUGGAGCUGUAUAUAACUACUGUUUUAUUCAAUAAAUUAUCUAUUCAUAGCGGUUAA